UUAUGCAAUAGAUGUUACUGAUUCUGGCUCAAUUGUAAUUGUCCUCUUAAAUGUUCGCUUGAGAAUGGUGAUUUUAUCCUAGCUUCUGGUUAGUAUGGGGAUUGGUUAAUCUGCAAUUUUUAUAUUUAUUUUUAUCUCUUAUAAACUCAAAUGUUAUCUAUUAUGUAAAAGACCAAGAUCAACUAGAAGUGGAUAUCUAAACCUUCUGGCCCUGGCCCUGGCCUGCCACUCAAUUGAAGUUAAAGCGUGCACCUUCCUCUAUUGCAAUAUUGCAGGAUAUAAGUUUUCUAUGGUUGGUCAUGGAAGGCAUAUUCUUUAUUAUAAAUUUAGCUAUUGAAGCGCUUCCGGUUUUGCAUAAAUAAACUAUGAGCUUCUAUGGACAUUUAUUGCAGAAAGAGUGACCUAAAAAGAUUGUUCAAGUGAACACUUUUAACAGGGUAAUGUGGCAUCGGCCUGACGGGCAUGUAUAGUCCUUAAAGUUGAACUCCAUUGUUGAUUAUUUGACUCGGCCUUUACUGCUUUAAAGUAUUUAGUUUACUUUGUGCAAGAAGAUGGAUCUAGCAAAUGUCUCAAGGUUAUUAACGUUCUAUUUUUUGUUGUGCUGCUCAUCUUACCUACUAAGUGAAAACUAGGUUGAAGUAGAAGACAAUCAUUGAAAUACACAGUAACUGUUCUGUUUCCUUAAAAGCUUAGUUCAUUUUAAUUUGUUGGUGCAUUUGGUUGUGGAUUACUAGUAUGGAUCAGCUGCAUUUUCUUUCAAAUAGCAAUCUUGGGCUUAAAUUUUUUCCAGGAGACCAGGUGAAGAAAGUGAUUCUGAUUCUCUCAGGGAGACAAGUAGUGAUGACAGUAGUGAAUAUGGAGCUGGAGCUUCAAGGGUAGCCAAUAAAGUUCAUGGAAGUUGGAAUCAGCAGAAUAUGAUUGGUUCAAGUAUUGAUGGAAUCAAGCAUGUCUCCCUAAAAAAAGACCCUUUCUUGGAAUAUUCAGGCGAUGAGAAUGAGAUAGGGAACUCUCCCGGUCUCCUUAUAUUUGAAUAUUUUGAGCGGAAUCAACCAUAUGGUCGUGAACCUUUAGCUGACAAGAUUUCAGGCCUUGCAUCUAAAUUUUCCGAACUGAAGACGUAUAGGAGCUGUGAUCUGACUCCUUCAAGUUGGAUUUCUGUGGCUUGGUAUCCCAUAUAUAGGAUACCCACAGGACCAACUUUGCAAAAUCUUGAUGCUUGCUUUUUGACGUACCAUUCUCUUUCAACACCUGCUGGCGUUUCUAGGACUGACUGGCCUCAACAGCAUGGCACAACUAUUAGUAGAGGCAUCGUUGGUACUGGUACGUCUGCCAAGCUACCUCUCCCAACCUUUGGGCUGGCCUCCUACAAGUUCCAAGUACCAUUCUGGUUUCCUGAUGGAGUUAAUGAAUGCCAGAAGGUCAACUCUCUGUUACGAGCUGCUGACAAUUGGCUCCGGCUUUUGCAAGUUAAUCACCCUGACUACAGUUUUUUUGUGUCACAUAACUCAUAUCGGAGGUGAAGCCCGUCUUAUUUUCUUUUAAGCAUAACAUCCCGAUAUGCUCGUACGAGCUGGUCACUGGGUAUAGCAAAACUAGACUUGGAAGUAGCCUUGUUUAUGCAAUACAAGCUUUUGUACUUUUAUUAGUUACUGAAGAUGGAUGAGUGGUAAGGUUUGCAGUAGGGUCAAGAGUGACAAUGAAGGUAGCAUCUUUACUGUUUCCUAUAGCACCUUACAUACAUUGGAGCUUCCACAGUCAACAGUGAGUUCCUGGAAAUGAUGUUCUGAUAACAGUCAGCUUUGUCAAGCUAGUUCUAUCUGAGUUUACUGUGGUGACCACAAAUUAAUGUUGAUUUUAAAGGCUGAUUUUAUGUAUAUCGUGUACAAAUGAAUGGUCUGUAAUACCUCUAGUAUAAUAUCACCUUACAGUAUGUGACUUUGUUUAUAGCUGUGUUUUCAAAGUCUCUUUAGAGUUUUCUACUUCA